CGUAGUUUGCAUCACCAGCCGUCAUAGACUUAGAAAAACUAGACUGGCAUUAGUUCUCUGGUUCGGGAAAAUGUUGGAGUGCUCGCGGUGAUGGGAAACCCCCGUUCAGUGCUAGCGGCUUUUCCACGAAGAAAAUUCUGAGGAUUUUUCGGGGCAAGUGCGCGUUUUAUUUGUUUAAAGCAAUGACUGUUACGGGCAAUUUGGGCAUUAUGCAUAGGCACUGCUUUGGAUAUCCUUUUCAAGGUCAAGGUCGAGUGAACCAACUAGGUGGUGUCUUCAUAAACGGGCGCCCUUUGCCGAACCACAUAAGACUGAAAAUCGUGGAAAUGGCGGCGAACGGAAUCCGGCCCUGCGUCAUUUCCCGGCAGCUGCGGGUGUCCCAUGGGUGCGUCAGUAAAAUCCUGAACAGAUACCAGGAAACAGGAUCCAUAAGGCCAGGUGUGAUUGGCGGCUCGAAGCCCCGCGUCGCGACGCCGGAAGUGGAGAGCCGGAUCGAGCAGUACAAGCGGGAAAAUCCGUCGAUUUUCAGCUGGGAAAUCAGGGACAGGCUAGUCAAGGAGGGGAUCUGUGACAGGAGCACCGCGCCCAGCGUGUCGGCGAUCUCCAGGCUGCUGAGGGGCAAGGGGGCGGAGUGCGACGACAAAUCCACCGACAACGAAGCCGUCUCCGACUGCGAGAGCGAGCCCGGGAUCCCCCUCAAGCGCAAACAGCGCCGCUCCCGCACCACCUUCACCGCCCACCAGCUCGACGAGCUCGAAAAGGCCUUCGAACGUACCCAGUACCCCGACAUCUACACCCGCGAGGAGCUCGCCCAAAGAACCAAACUAACCGAAGCCCGAAUCCAGGUCUGGUUCAGCAACCGGCGGGCCCGCCUCCGCAAACAAAUCACGUCGGCGGCGACGCCCCUGGUCCGCAGCUACGUGACGGUGCCGAACGCCGCCGACCGCUACCCCCCUCUGGGCCAACCCAUGAACGAAGACGCCUUCAAUUCGGUCGCCACGCCGACGCCGACAGUCAUGACGGAGCUGUACCCCAGCCCCGUCCCGGGACAUUCCACGCCGCCGAAUCUGCCGCUGGCGCACAACAUCGCCCAUAACCCAUAUCCGUCCCAUCCGAUCUACCAGUCGUCGAAUAUCAUGCAGAUUCCGCAGACGAUGGCGCCACCGACCACUCUGUCCAAUAUUCAACCCAGCUCACCGCUGAGUAACAUCCAGAACUUAAGUCAGAGCGGGAUGACCAGUUACAACAAGGAUAAUAAUGAUAACAACGUUUCGAACUCGAAUGGGAGUCAGCAUCAGGGAUACGCCACCAACACGACGGGAAUGGUCACCAUUUUAGGACCCAACAGCGGCAACAGCAACAGCAACGAGACACCCUGUGCUACGGAAAACUCCACCCCCAACAACCUCCAGUGGGGGAUGCCCCCAUCGCAAAUAACCAGGAACCCCAGCCCCAGCCAGAACAUCCCCACGAGUCUGGGCCAAAUCGGGCAACCCUUGAGCCAAAGUUUCAGUGCUUUUGGACAGAACAGUAUUGACAAUUCGGGACUGCACUAUUCCACGCACAAUUCGCCCAAAAGUUUCGGACACCAACCAUACUACGGGUGGUUCUGAUCCGCGGUGAUUUUCUAAAGUGUAUACCAAAAAUUGUGAAUUUACUCUGAUCGUGUUUGUUUGGUGUACGUUUUUGUUUUAUUUUUUUUUGCACUGUGUUGACGGGCAAUCGGGAAUCGACCAAAUGGUUUGCGACGAAAUGAAUCACAUAAUCCACCGUAAAUUAUUUAAUUUUAAGUAAUAUAUGGAGUUUACUUUUUAGGUUAUUUUUCAUGUUAUGUUAUUAU